UAGAAGAAAGCAUGCGCUUUGACAAGUCUCUUCAGGAGCUGAGAGAACUAAGGGCUCAGCUACACAAAACUGCAGAAUACUGUGAAACUACGUUCUCCAAAAGCGAAGAGAAGAAGAUGUAAUGGAGAAUACAAAGGAAUACAUAUGCAGGACCAUGGUCACUGUUGUUGAUCAUCUUGGAAACGUUUCUGCCAACCUUGACGGCCUUAUUUCUCACACAAAUGCUUUUUCUCAGGCUGAGUUUCGAAUCCAAUGCCUACAACAAAGACUUCUCUCCUGUAAACAAUAUGCUCGUAAAUUAGCCCUCGCAAAAAUGCAAUGGAAUGACAAUUCGCCUAGAUUUCAUUCGCGUUAUUUGUCACCAACACCUGCCCUUGAGAGAUCAUGCAGUAAAAAAGUAAUAAGAGAUUCGGAAAGUGAAGUUCCUUUAAAGAUAGAAGAUGAAGAUUUGCCACUCUUUAUGUACACCCAUAAUAAGCCUCCAGUAGAGAAUUUGAAGCCUACAACAGCCACAUUUAACGGGCGCAACAAUUUGGCCAUAGUGGCACCUGUUAAGGAUGGUUUGUCAUUGUUAACAAAAGUUCCAAAUCCUACCUUCCAUUUCCAGAGUGCCCAGAAGGUUGGACGCCACAGAAGAUCCUUGUAUGGUAGUGACAUCUUAUGGCUCUUACGCCGUUCAAAACGAGCCCAAUGAAAAACUAGAGAACCUAUUUUCAUUUGCAUAUCCAGUAAUAAUAUUUCAUAGUCAUCGUGGUUCAUCAUGCCCUCUUCUUUAUAUUUGGCAGUUUAAUGUUAAUUCUAUAUAAAUAAAGAACCGAACAUUAUUAGAAAAUAUUUGUAUUUCAGGCACUUUGAAAGUUUUUUUCUUUUUUUUCCAAUGCAAUUUGGGUAAG